UGGGGCCGCAUGCAGAUGCUUAUUCUUUUUUUCGGUCCAGAAACUCCGACAGAAAGGAGAGUCUCGUGAUCAAGCCUCAGGGGAAGAUCCAGACAGUGUUUAAGGGCGAGAGCUUCUUCGUCUCCUGCUCCAGCGACGCCGACAACGUCCAGAGGGUCAUGUGGACAGGACCUGAAGGCCAGCAGAUCACCGACUACCGGGGCAGCGUGCCAUAUAACGAGAUUCCAAGGAUCCACGUUGAGGAUGGAAGGUCAGGUCACAAAGGCGUUGACCUCAUAUUCACAAACAUCAGCAGGACGGAUCGUGGAAAAUACACCUGUUCUGCUAAUGUAGAUGGUGUUGAGCAGGAGCGUUCAUUUGACCUGAUCGUUCUGAAACACCUCGACUUCAUGGACACGCCCAUCACCCAGUUUCUCGAGGAGGACCACGAUUCCGUUCUGCGCUGUGACGUCGACGGCGACCCAGCGCCGAGGGUGUCAUGGCAUAUCAACAACAGGAAAGUGAAUUUUGGCAAGAAAUUCGAGAAGGGAACGGAGCACCCCAAUGACCUUAUCGUCCGCAACGCCACUCUUGAAGACGCUGGCCAGUACAAGUGCGUGGCUUUGCAACUCUCUAACUACACUUCCGAGGUCAAGGACUUGGUGAUUGAGGUCAAAGUUCACCACAAACCCCAAUGGAGCGACAGCGACCUCAUGGCCCAAGCGUAUGGCUACGUAACUGGCGACGUGAACCUGACGUGCGAGGCUGUGGCUGAACCCCACGCUAACUUCACCUGGAUGAAGGACGACCAAGUGAUUGAACCCAACGAGACGGUUCAGAUCAUCAACGAGGACCAUAAGAGCGUCCUGAGGCUUAAGGUAACUGACGUGGAUAUGUUUGGCGACUACGUUUGCAAAGCAGAGAACAAGCUGGGAACUCUUGAGAGGGUCAUUAUCCUCGAGGAAGGGAAGAAACCAGCUGUUCCCAGUGCCAAGGUAACCGAAACGGAGGUCAAUGCUAUCCACCUGAAGCUCGAUGCCCACAAUCACCCUGACAUGCCCAUUCUCGCCUUCCGUGUCGAGUACAAGACGGCUGGUGAUAACUGGAUCAACGCACAGUCAAUGGAGUUCAAGAAAGGCGAGCCAUACGUCAUCAACAGCCUGGCCGGGGACACGCUCUAUGUCCUCCGAGCCUCUGCCAAGAAUGCUGCAGGGUAUUCUGACUUCUCCUCCGACUUUAUGGAAAGAACCAAGAAGAUUCACGAGUCGCAGAGUCAGAUCUCGGCCGCGAACAGCCUCUCCGCCACUGCCCAUGCUCUGGUUCCUCUCGUGCUCCUCUGGGCUUCCCUCUUGUGAGCGAUUCCGUCCUCGUCUGGCGGAGUUGUAAGCCUCUCUGGAGUUUUGCUAUUGUUUGGGGGGUAUGGCAACAGUGGCGUGAGAUUUUGAUUAAUUAAAGACGAUUAAGAAGAAAGAAAGAAGAAAUAGUCUUGUGGAAAGCAUCGUUUUUAAUGUUUUAAUUUGUUUUUUUCGUUUUCUUUCUGUUGUUAGACUAGUUUCAUGGCAUACACGAUUUCUUCUCUCUAGAAUUACGUUUUCGUUGAUUAUUUGUAUUUUUCUCAUUAAGAAAAUGAGAAACGAUAUUUUCUAUAGCAUUUUAGCAAAUACAUUUUUUUUUUCUCAGAGGUAAGAUAGAGAAACGAUAUUAAAACAUGAAACGCCAAGUCACACUCAUUAAUAUUUUGACUAAAUAAUGUAUCGCAUGUACACAUUUAGUAAAAGAAUUUAUAGAUUAGAUCCAAAAUACGUUUGUACACUUGAAACGCUCACAAAAAUUAAAUAUAGUUACUAAAAUAAUACA